AUGCGUCGCAAGCGAUCAGACGAACUUCCGCGCUUCGUUGAUGAGGCUGAGGCGCGCUCCUUCCGCUGGCGCCGCAAAUAUACAUACUACCUCUGCGGCUUCAUCUUCGUCUGCUGGCUCUUGUACCCCUCCGGCAAGACAUCAUCUCAACGUGACAAUGGCUUGAACAUCAACUGGUCCCACUAUGCAUACAGCCUGUACGCAAUCGACGGCGCCACCCUCUGUCAUGCCCUUCUCCUGUUCGACGCGCUCGCCCGAUUCGGCAGCAAAGCAGACCGCGUACUGUUCUACCCUGCGUAUUGGGAUUUGACCGUGGAAAGCAGCAAAGAUCGGGACAGCCAACUGCUCGUUUUAGCGCGCGACCAGUACAAAGUCAAGCUCCAGCCGAUAGAGCUACUCGCCGUCGAGAGUCGGACAGGAGGUACGCGGAAGCUGGACAAGACGGUGACCAAAUUCAUGGCCUUUUCGCUAGCGUACUACGACCGCGUCAUCUCCCUAGACUCGGACAUUACACUCCUCGACUCACUCGAUGAGCUGUUCCUCCUCCCCAAGACGUCGAUAGCGAUGCCUCGCUCGUAUGGGACGGACAGCAAGCCAUGGCCCCUCACGUCGAUGCUCAUGGUCAUCCAGCCUAGUUUGGAGGAAUUCGAGAGGUUUAAGAAGCGCAUCGGUGAAGGGGGGGAUAAUAUGCUUGUAAAGGCACACCGGUUCGACAUGGAGAUUGUCAACGAGCGCUUCGAGGAGAGCGCACUGGUACUUCCUCAUCGGCCGUAUGCGCUCCUGACGAGCGAGUUUAGGCGACAUGAUCAUGCCACCUACCUGGGCGAUCCGGGCGAGACAUGGGACGCGGAGAAGGUAUUCAAGGAGGCAAAGCUUGUUCAUUUCAGUGACUGGCCGCUGCAGCCCUGGGUCAUGUGGCCGCAGAAGGGCCUGCAAGAGAUGCAGCCCGAUUGCAACGGCAACCACGAGGCGGGCUGUGCGGAGAGACGGAUUUGGAAGCACCUUUACGACGACUUUAGGCAUAGGAGGAAAGACAUUUGCAAGUUGCUGAGUGUGCCGGCGCCCGAGUGGACUGGUGCCAAAGGGCGGCCGCAAAACAGCACGGACAGGACUGAUGAGCAGGCUACGCCUCAUGCUACAUCUACGCCCAGUAGCUAG